AUAUUUUCGAAAAUGAACAUUACAGCUGGAAAGAAGUGUCCAAAAUGCCAAGAAAACCUCGGAAAGUUCGAUAUUGAUGAAGAUGGCUGUUGAUAUCAUUGUGGAUUUCAGCUAGAAAAUGCACUGUUCAUGAAUGAUAUCCCUAUCAAACUCCCUGAAACAAGACCUCAGGUUGGAUUUAGAGAUGGCAACCUCAACAAUAUUGCUAAGAAAAUCAUGCUGAGACAGACAGGCAAUGUUUAUCAAACUUCUAAUGAAUACGAACAAACGAUGAAAUAUAAGAAAUUAAUCGAAAAAUGUCCAGGAGAAUUGCACGCCAACCUUAAAGAUGAAGCGUUGUCUCUAUGCCUACGGUUCAAGCAGAGCAGCCCUGUCCCCAAAACUAUGAAGAAACCCUCUGGUGUUAACUGCAAAUAUGCUAGGGUUAACAAGGUCGUAGUAGCUGCUAUAUAAAUCUUAUUUUCAAACGUGAAAACUUGCUAUGAGACUUACGCACUCUGUGCAAAACUUAUGGUGUAAAAGAGAAGGGAUUUUUAAAGUUCUUUGCCAGUUUUAAAAGCCAACUAAGCCUUAACACUACUAAAGAGUGCGAACCAGUGGAUAGAGAGUAUAUCUUUAAAAUAGAGAAACAUCAAGAGCGUCCCACACUUGGAGAGACAAAUGUGGAAAUUAAUACCAAUUUGUCUUCCUCCUCUGAAAUGGCUGUCGUGGCCAGCUCUACUGGGCAGGUGGAUAAAAGGAAAGUUGAGACUCUGUCUCAACUUCUCAAAGUGUAUGGUUCAUUAAUAUUUUUAGAAGCGUUAGAUCAAAUUGAGAAGCUUGUUAAGAGCUCAGACACAUGAACAGUUGAAACUGUUAAACAACUACAAAAAUAUUUGAAAUACCUGCCAGAAGAACUUUUGGGAGAGUUUGACACAUUUUUGUCUCAGAAGUUCGAGUUUGUCCACCUAUCAACUCCAGAAGAGAUUCUUUCUAAGAAGUUCAGAGAUGCGUGAAACUCCUUGGAAAAUAUCUAUAGAUCCAAGGAAGAGAGUUUCAAAUCUCUUCCAGUAGAAAAGAUAAGUAUCUGGGCUUUAUCUCUUGUCAGUAAGAACUCAAUUUCAAUGGUGAACUGAAAGUCUAAUAUGAAACCCCUAGCUCUAGCAGUAGUCAAAACUAUGUUUUUGUCUAAGAGUGUGGAUCUAAAAAUCACUCUUACAAAUAUGCUUGAGUUAUUGACAGAAAAGGAUCAUGUCUUAUGAAGGAGCCUUAAAGCUCCGCCAGUUUAUAGAUACUUAAGAAUACUCGACGAUGAGAACUUGGAAUCUUGCUUAUAACACGAGAAGAGUCAUUGCCAUACUCUAAACACAUAAU